AAUUUUGAAAUAUGAAGUUAAUAGUGUUAUAUAACUGGAAAGAGAACUGAGCGCUAAAAUCCUUCCCCGACUUAAGCGAUAGAUAUCUGCAUAGCGUCACCAAAAUCUCCACCAUUUUCGCGAACUCAGAAUGGGAUUGUUUUCGACUUCAUAAGCUGGUUAGUUUGAAUAAUCUGCAGAGCCUGCUUGUGUAGCUAGAAAUUCCCUUAUCCAAUUUCUAUGUGCAGUAUUUAAGAUGUCAGCCACAUUCCCCACAUCAUCCGUCGUUUCAUCUUCUCAUUCCAACGAAUUUAUUAAGGUUUUCUACUUGAAAUCAAAAGGGAAUGUUUCUUUUGAUUCGCACUGCCGAGUUCCAUGGAAAUUUAUGAGAAAUAUUCAGCCAAGCUUGGGUGACUCAUGUAUUAUGCUGAAAUCUACUUCCAUAAAGUGUGUGAAACCUACUUAUCAAUCCCUUUUUGAGGACAAUUCCAUAAUUACUGAUUGGGAGGAUAAAGGAGACAUCGAGGAGAUGGGCUCACCUUGGGAAGGAGCAGUUAUUUACAAGAGGAACUCAUCAGUUUCUCAUGUGGAGUAUUGCACAACAUUAGAGAGGCUUGGAUUAGAGAAGCUUUCGACUGAUGUCUCGAAAUCUAGAGCAUCAGCAAUGGGUCUUCGCGUAAGGAAGGUUGUGAAAGAUUAUCCUUUUGGAACUCCUGUUCAAAUCUCUGUUGAUGUUACAAGGAAAGAAAAGAAGUUGAGGCUUGAUGGGAUAGUUAAGACUGUGAUCACUCUCAAUUGUUAUAGGUGUUGUGAACUUGCUCCAGAAUGCAUUUUCUCAAAUUUCUCCAUCAUACUAAGCGAAGAACCGAUCGAAGAACCUGAUGUCAUAAAUAUGGGAAUCAUUAGCGGGCAGGAUAUGUUCAAGACAUAUGAUGGGAAUAGUGAUGAAGAUGAUGAAGAGUUAGUUGAUUUGGAUGAUCAACUCUAUUUUCCUCUUAUAGAGAAAGAAAUAGAUAUAUCAAAGAACAUCAGAGACAUCUUGCAUCUGGAAAUUACUAUGAAUGCGAUAUGUGAUCCAGGAUGCAAAGGUAUGUGUCUGAAUUGUGGUAUAAAUUUGAAUACUGGAAGCUGUAACUGCAGUAAGCAGGCUGUAAAGAAGAAUGAUUUUGGUCCUCUAGGAAAUUUGAAAAAGCAAAUGCAGAAAAAUUCUAAGAUUUGAAUGCAA